AUGACGCUCCACUGGUGGAUGCAUUGGUUUUGGGUGACCUUGCAAUUUACUGUUAUAUUCGGAAUCCCAGUAUCAUUGGUGAAAGAAGACCCAAAAAUAAAAUAUGAUUCGAGUACUGUAUGGCGAAGUGUCACCGAAAAAAUGACUACAAAUUCAGAUGAAAUAUUAAGCGAAGUAGAACCUACAGUAGCCAAUAUGAGAAUAGCGAAAGCAAUUAAUUUUUAUCAACCGUCCAUGAAAGGAAAUGUAGCUGUUGAUCCUUCUGAGAGUAGACCGUCCACAAAUGCUUCCAUAACUAUAAAAAAUACUCAAGAUAAUUCAGAAUAUCAUAACAACGAUAGUAUAGAUCCUUAUACAUUUAUUCCUGAUGAACGAACUACCAAUUUUUGGAGUGGUCAAACAGAAAUACAGAAAGAAGAAUUAAUAGAUGAUUUUCGUAUUAAAAAUGAUAAAAUUUAUCAAAAAAGAAAAGAUACACGAAUUACGUGGAUUUUAACCACCAGUAGACCAUUAACAAGACAAAAUCACGAAGAAAAAUCUGGGGAUUUGUUUCCAAAUCUUAGUACUACUGAAAAAAAAGAUCUUACUGUAUUACCUCUGAGACUUGAAGAAAGAAGAAUUAAAUUAAUAGUCAAUAGAACCCAAAUUACAACUGGUGAUAAUGAUGAAACGCUAUUAAAUACCAGAAUUUUCAACAGUUCAGAAGAUAUUGAAAUUGAUCAAGAACUAGCCGAACCUCGCGUUUCUUCAGUUACUAGAGUACCAUUAUUUGCAGAUUCUAAUCGACUUAGUCGGGCAAGAAAUGCUUUUGUUAGUGAUUUUCGAAUAGAUCGAGCGCAGGAUCGUUCUUCCCAAGAUAAUAUUGAAGAGAUUGAAAGUGAAAAAAAUAUUGACAGUAUUAAUGUUCAAUCUACAACUUUUGAUAUUGCUGUUAUUACUGGAAGUUGUUUAGCUAUGGUUGUGUUUCUUAGUGCGAUGGUUAGUUUUGGAUUUAUUAUGUACAGACGAAAGUAUUUAAAUCCACCUCAAACUUUGAACAGUGAUAAAUGUAGUAAUCCGGAUACUUCCGGUUACAUUGAUGAUUCCACAAUUCAAGAUAAUUCAGAAGAAAUGUACAGUUUGGAUAAUGAUUCAUUUUUGAACUCUCUUGAAGCAAUGACAAUACAAAAUUAUUGGACAGAUAGUGUGAAACAUACGAAACUAUGA